UAAAUAUGAGGAUGAAGUAAAUUAUUCUGGCAUUUUUUUGUGUAUGCAUUUGUAUUCGCUUUCUAUUGCUGCUUCUUUUCAUUGCUUUGAUAUGCUAAUUUACUGACGCCAGUGAGACUAUUGUGUGUUUCAGUCACACAAAAGUGAACGGUCCAUCUGAAGCCUUCCAACUCUGUGAUGAAUAAUCGCUGGUGAGGCCCAGCGUGAAACAGGGGAUCCGAAAUCGUGGCUAUUUAAACAGCCACUGUGUACCCACGGUCCUCCACUGCUGCACUUGGAUGUUGACCCCAUCUGGGUUUCAACAGCUAAUGAUUUUGUGCUAUAAAAUCUCCUGGUAUAUGAUUGAUAGAAAGUAAUCAACCGGCCAGAGUUGGAAAAUGCUGAGUGUGAGAGCUGAGGAGCUGCAGUUCUCUGACACUUCAGACCAUCAACAUGGACGGAACUCGAGCGCUGAUACUUCUGUUCUUUGUGUCGUUUAUUGGCAGGGCGUCGGGGAAUACGUGUGAGAGAAACUGUGGGAAGGUAUUAGACGUGUGUUCGUGCCACCCGACAUGCGUGUCACUGAAGAGGUGCUGCUCCGACCUUAAAGAAUACUGCAUUGAUGUAUCGCCAUACUCCGGUUCUAUUUUGGGAGGAACAGAUAUUAUCGUUGAAAAUGCAAGGUUCGAUAAAGGUUCCCAGGUAGUAUGCAGGUUUAACAAUCACACUGACACGAUGGGGUAUGUGGAUGAAGCCAGUAGGGGGCACUGCAUUUCCCCCUUGUUGUACGAAACGGGAUGGAUUUCUUUGCAAGUGUCCUCAGAUAACGGAACAACCUUCAACAGGGAUGGGACGUGGCUGUCAGUGCAUACGGGCAAGUUAGACUCCAAAUUCAAGGCUGUUUUGGUGAACUCCACAAAGUGGCAGUACUAUGGCACUCCAAAUGUUGGUGGAAGUCUGGAGAUGACGUGGAGCACGGCUUUGGUCAAAGCAGACAGAGUAAAUGUUGAGCUGUGGGGCUACAGAGAGACUGGUCAGCCAUACUCUGAUCAAUGGGAAGGAAAGUGGGAGUAUCUAUAUUCUCUGGCCAAAGAUCAACCCAACACAGGGUCCUUCAGCUUUUUACCCAAACCUGCGCCCAGUUUCAAAGACUGGGAACUGGGCUCAGUGCGUGUCAGCCCCAGCGGCAACAUGGAUGGUAUCUGGAAUGUCCAGGCAGCAUGGACAGAAGACCAUGCUCUCGCCUGGCAUCUGGAGGAGAGGUUCCGAAACAAUUCUGCAGUGUGGGCCAUGGAGAAAUGUUUGACCUGGGACACUCUGGAGAGACAGCUGCCAAAUUUCCUGGACGAGAUCAUCGACUGUCCAUGCACUUUGGCACAGGCCCGGGCAGACACAGGAAGGUUCCAUACGGACUAUGGCUGUGAUAUGGAGAAGGGCAGUGUCUGUACCUACCACCCAGGAAGUGUUCACUGUGUGAGAGCCAUACAAGCCAGUCCAUCUUACGGUGCUGGACAGCAGUGUUGCUACGACAGCACUGGCGCUCAGAUCCUGACUGGAGACUCCAUUGGGGGCAGCACUCCAGACAGGGGACAUGAUUGGGGUUCCCCUCCCUACAAGAGACCACCACGAAUCCCAGGAGAGUCUCAUUGGGUGUAUGACGUUCUCAGCUUCUACUACUGCUGCCUCUGGUCCGACAAUUGCAGCUACUACUUCACGCACCGUCCGUCCAGCGACUGCAGGCGGUACCAGUCUCCAAGCUCAGGUCUGACCGUCCCCUUUUCAUGUACGAUUCAAAGUUUGCCUAAAGUCUUUUUGCUGUUUGGAUCAGCUGUGGUUUUUGGAGAUCCUCACUUCAUCACCUUUGACGGUGUCAGCUACUCUUUCAACGGCAAAGGAGAAUACACUUUAGUGAGCGCGACGCAGCAGCAACUGUUUAUCCAGGCUCGAACGGAGCCUGUGAGCGGGUCGAUAAAUGCCACCAAGUUAUCAUCCGUAGCCAUGAAAGAAGCCUCCUCUGACGUCAUCGAGGUUCGGUUAACCAGCAGUCAGGUUGGACUUGAAGUUCUGAGGAAUCAGAAAAGUCUUUCCUUUGCGGAGCAGCAAUGGAUGGACAUGCAUGGUGUGUUUGUGUUCUCUCCGACAUCAUCCAAUGUGACCGUCAUGUUCCCGUCGGGAGCUGGAGUGGAGUUACGACUGAGAGAGGGGACCAUGACGACCACUGUGCUCCUGCCAGAGGAAUUUAAGGGCACCACCCGAGGACUGCUAGGGAACAUGAACGGAGUGGCUGAGGACGAUCUGCUUUUGAGUAACGGCGAGCUUGUGACCAAUCUAAGCAAUCCAGAGGCCCUAUUCAACUUUGGAAAAGGCUGGGCCAUAUCUAAUGAAUCUGCCUUGUUCACGUAUGAUACCGAAUAUUUAUUGGACACAUACUAUCACUCACCCAGACAUGAUCCUUCUUUCAUCCCGGAGUUCUUUGCCACGGACAGCCCUGAUGAUCCACUGGUCAACCAGGUAGCCGACAUUUGCUCCGGAGAGGGCUAUCAGUUCUGCAAGUAUGACAUUCUGGUUGGUCGGAGUCCAAAACUAGGCAACGCAACAAGGGUGUCCUUUCAGAGUCACAGCUCUCUUGUGCGCGACCUGAAGCCCGUGGCGGCGUGCGGUUGGCUUUCACCACCAACAAACGGGAAGAAACAAGGGACAACUUACGUACAAGGAGCUAAAGUUACAUUUUCCUGCAAUAACGGCUACACACUCAGCGGAGCUGCAGAGCGGGUUUGUCUGAUGAGCGGCCAGUGGUCCGGCGAAGAGACCUCAUGCACCGAACCCAACAACAUCCCAGGAAUCAUAGCUGGCACAGUCAUUGGAGCUGCGGCGCUGAUUUUACUCAUAACAAUGCUCAUCCUUCACUCCAAAAAGAACAAGAACAGAUCAGGGCACUCUGACAUCAGCGCCUUCUAGACACAAGUCUACAUCGCUGUCAAGAGACUACGGAUUUUGUACUUCUUAACUUAUCCACGUGUCAAUCAAAGAACGCAAAACUUUGUAAAACCUCUUAAGUCAUCUUUCCACUUUCAGGAGAAUGUUGGUGAUUCAUGAGGACAAAUCAGAGGACCAUGUUUUCCUCCCCUACACUCCUCUAUUGUGAACACAGUUAAUAUUAUUGUGUUGUGUUGAGGCAGUCAUCUGUCGAGCUCUUGGCUCUUUAUUCAUUGCAUUGAAAACAUUUGCAUUCAAUCUCACCAUUGAUUUAACUUUUGUUUACUCAGCAGCGUGUGCUAACCAUGAGCGUGUCAUUUGAUGUUUUAAAUAUGUUGCUGUGGCCUUAUUUAUUUGGAUUUCGACAGUAUGUUUUUACACAACCUGUCUUGGUCAUUGUGCUUAUGCUGUCACAAUCUGUAACCCACUCCGGGAAUUCCAACACUCAACAAUCAGACUGAGCCUCUGACUGAUGUGAAGUGUUUGGCCUGACACUUGCUUUCCUUCUUGUUUGAUUCAUGUGUUUCUGAACAAUUUUAUUACAAUUUAUUUUUGGGCCUUUGUGUCUCACCUCUCUCUGUUAUUGCGGCUGAACAAUGUAAUUAAACUAGG